GGUACGUGAACGCACCACGCGUCGCCAUUGUUGCAGACGUUUGAGCUCAACUUUGCUUCGCGUGUUGUUGUCGGGCGAGUUGGAAAUAUGGCCAUGGAAGCCUGGUACAUGGACAACUCCGACGAAGACCGGAGAAAGUCGCACAAGCUCGAGCCGAAUCGGCCAGUUUCGUCGGAGGAGUUAAAACACCUCGGGGUUUUGCACUGGAAGCUGAAUGCUGCCAUCUACGAAACAGACCCGGAACUGCAGCGUAUCAGGAAAGAGCGGGGCUACUCCUACAUGGACAUCAUCACCGUUGAGAAGAACACACUGCCAAAUUAUGAGGAAAAGUUGAAGAUGUUCUUUGAGGAACACUUACAUUUGGACGACGAGAUUCGCUACAUCCUUGAUGGCCAGGCCUACUUCGACGUGAGAGACCAAGAGGACCGCUGGAUAAGAAUUGCCAUGAGGACGGGUGACCUUAUUACCCUGCCAGCCGGCAUCUACCACCGCUUCACCUUGGACGAGUCGAAUUACACGAAGGCCAUGAGGCUGUUUGUCGGGGAGCCUGUGUGGAAAGCCUACAACAGGCCAGCAGAUGACUAUGAGAUCCGGAAGAAAUAUAUGCUUUCUCUACAGGAAUCCUGAAAAAGGGAAAUUACAAGACUGCACAGUCCGUUUUUUGGAACAUUUAUUGAAAUAGUAAUGUCAUUUGAAAUCAAAGCAUUUAUGCAACAAGUAUGUGUAGUGACAUAUUUGUUUGCCAGGUUCUAUAAAUCCAGCAGCGUAUUAACAAACAAACAAACAAACUAAUGCGACGGACAUGCCCCCCCGCCAACAAUAAAAUGUCACUGUCGUCAAUGAAA